AUGACCAAGAAAAAAAGGGCCUCCGAGUUGGAUGCUUGGUGUUGGUACUGCGAUCGUGAGUUUGAAGAUGAAAAGGUGUUGAUUCAGCACCAAAAGGCACGGCAUUUCAAGUGCCCAUUUUGCCCAAGGCGAUUGAAUACAGCAGGCGGAUUGGCCGUGCAUCUCGGCCAAGUGCACAAGGCGGAGCCUGACAGACUCGAAAAUACCCUUCCUGGACGGGACUCAUUUGAGAUUGAGAUUUACGGCAUGGUCGGCGUACCAGACAGUGACCUGAUUUCUUGGCAGGUGCGCCGAAGUGAGCGCAUGGCCCAACAUACAUCGAGAGCAUCACAUGGUAUGCCAUCACAAUCUAAGCGUCCCCGCAUAGAAAAAGGUCCCAUUCCGGCGGAUCAUUUACGCGCGCAACUGGAGGCACACAAGGCGCUCAUGAGUGGCGCGACUACCACGUCUGCGCCUCCUCAUAUUACGCAGCCGGCCAUAUCAGCGACGCCCCCUCCGCCGCCACCUCCGCCUUCCAUGCCUUCUGUGUCUGCGCAGGGGAUCCAAGCGCCCGAGGCGCCUCCUACGCACAAGCCAACUGCGCAGCGUGGCGAAAAAGUACGUCUCGUAUACACGGACACCAUUCGUUGUCCUGAAGAGAACAUGGCAUCUCUGCCAAAGUAUGCGUACGUUGAGCCAGUAUUGUGA